GAAGUGGCGGGGGCGGUGCCAUGGCAAAAGAACUCCUCCCGGAGAAUCCCAAUGCGAGGUCCUCAGGAUUGGCUCAGAGUUGUGCUGCGAUGCCACCCAUAUUCUGCCUCCGAAGCUUGAGGCUGGCUGUGGGGUGAGUGCUCCUGGCCCCACCCCUACAGUUGAAUUUAGGAACUGAUGACGCACCCUAUGCUGUUUGAGACGUGAAACUCACCUGAGGAAAUGCAUCUGAUCCAUUAGCAUGGAUUUAUAUUAUUUGGGGAUGGAGAAUCUUCAGCUGCCUUAAGUUUCUGUUACCGUCAGUUUCUGAGAUGGCUUCUUUGCAAAGGAAAGGGCUGCAGGCAAGGAUUCUCAGCUCUGAAGAAGAGGAGAAACUGAAAAGAGACCAAACUUUGGUGUCUGAUUUUAAACAGCAAAAAUUGGAACAAGAGGCUCAGAAAAACUGGGAUCUUUUUUACAAAAGAAAUAGCACUAAUUUCUUCAAAGAUAGACACUGGACCACCAGAGAGUUUAAGGAGCUAAGAUCAUGUAGAGAGUUUGAAGAUCAAAAGUUAACAAUGCUUGAAGCUGGCUGUGGGGUUGGAAACUGUUUAUUCCCACUUUUAGAAGAAGAUCCGAAUAUCUUUGCCUAUGCCUGUGAUUUUUCUCCAAGAGCAGUUGAAUAUGUUAAGCAAAAUCCUUUAUAUGACACAGAAAGAUGCAAGGUAUUCCAGUGUGAUCUGACGAAAGAUGAUCUUCUGGAUCAUGUACCAACAGAAUCUGUGGAUGUUGUUAUGUUGAUAUUUGUGCUCUCAGCUAUUCAUCCUGAUAAGAUGCACCUUGUCUUACAAAACAUUUACAAGGUUAGUCAUUUGGGGCCUGCACUUGAGAGUUGGACAGUUUUGAUUCUUUUGCUUACCCUCUCUCAUGAGGCUCAUGUACUGUCUAGAUUCACAUGGUGUCUCCAUCCUCACUAGGUAGACUGUAGUAGGUGUUUAGAAAGGUGUCCUCUGGCAUAAAACAUCCACUCUAAAUUCCGAUUUGUGUAGUGGCAUGGCUGCUCUUUAGAGCUUGGCCAGCCCUGGGACAAGGAUGAUUUUGCAUUUACCUGGAAUCCAUGGAGUCCUGCUAUAAG